CCGGUUAUGGCCGGCGCGCGCGGACACGUGCCUCGGCCGGCCUGAGAAUCUGGGAGUUUCGGGCGGUUUUGGGGCUGCGAGGAGAGCGGAGCGGUAGCCCGAAUCCGGGCAUCCGGAGGGGAAAGAACCGACUCUCAGCGUGCCCGGGACCCUUUCUGGAGCUGGUCCCUCGCUCCCUGCCGGCUGUCAUGUGGGCUGCCCUGAAGUCAGCCCUGCGGCCCUGCGCCCGCGUCUUUGUCCCCGGGCCGCGCGCUUAUCACGGGGACUUGGUGGCCACGCUGGGCACCCAGCCAGACUCGGGCUCUGCCAUCUACCAGGAAAACUAUGAACAGAUGAAAGCACUAGUAAAUCAACUCCGUGAACGAGCGGAGGAAAUAAGAUUAGGAGGUAAUGAGAAAGCCCGAGAACUCCACAAAUCAAGAGGAAAACUUUUAGCCAGAGAAAGAGUGGACAGUCUUAUAGACCCAGGGUCUCCAUUUCUGGAAUUAUCUCAGUUUGCAGGUUACCAGUUAUAUAUGAAUGAGGAGGUCCCGGCCGGUGGCAUUAUUACAGGCAUUGGAAGAGUAUCAGGAGUGGAAUGCAUUAUUGUUGCCAAUGAUGCCACCAUCAAAGGAGGUUCCUACUACCCAGUGACUGUGAAGAAACACUUACGGGCGCAAGAAAUUGCAAUGCAAAACAGACUCCCCUGCAUCUACUUGGUUGAUUCAGGAGGGGCAAACUUACCUCGACAAGCAGACAUAUUUCCAGAUCGAGAUCACUUUGGCCGUAUAUUCUAUAACCAGGCAAUUAUGUCUUCUCAAAAUAUUGCACAGAUUGCGGUGGUCAUGGGCUCUUGUACGGCAGGUGGUGCUUAUGUGCCUGCAAUGGCUGAUGAAAACAUCAUUGUACGCAAGCAGGGUACCAUUUUCUUGGCAGGACCCCCAUUGGUGAAAGCCGCCACUGGAGAGGAAGUGUUGGCUGAAGAUCUUGGCGGUGCUGAUCUGCACUGCAGAAAGUCUGGAGUAUCUGACUACUACGCUUUGGAUGAUCAUCAUGCCCUUCACCUAACUAGGAUGAUUGUGAGGAAUUUAAAUUAUCAGAAGAAAUUGGAUGUUACUGUAGAACCUUCUGAAGAUCCUUUAUUUCCUGCUGAUGAAUUGUAUGGAAUAGUUGGUACUAACCUUAAGAGGCACUUUGAUAUUCGAGAGGUCAUUGCUAGAAUCGUGGAUGGAAGCAGAUUCAACGAGUUCAAAGCCUUUUAUGGAGACACAUUAGUUACAGGAUUUGCUAGAAUAUUUGGAUACCCUAUAGGUAUCGUUGGAAAUAAUGGAGUUCUCUUUUCUGAAUCUGCAAAAAAGGGGGCUCACUUCAUCCAGAUAUGCUGCCAAAGGAAUAUUCCUCUGCUGUUCCUUCAAAACAUUACUGGAUUUAUGGUUGGUAGAGAAUAUGAAGCUGAAGGAAUUGCCAAGGAUGGUGCCAAGAUGGUGGCUGCUGUAGCCUGUGCCAAAGUGCCUAAGAUAACUGUCAUCAUUGGGGGAUCUUACGGGGCUGGAAACUAUGGGAUGUGUGGCAGAGCAUAUAGCCCAAGAUUCCUCUACCUAUGGCCAAAUGCUCGCAUCUCAGUGAUGGGAGGAGAGCAGGCAGCCAAUGUGUUGGCCACAGUAGCAAAGGACCAAAGAGCACGUGAAGGGAAACAAUUCUCCAGUGCUGACGAAGCAGCCUUAAAAGAGCCCAUCAUUAAGAGGUUUGAAGAGGAAGGAGACCCUUACUACUCCAGUGCAAGGCUGUGGGAUGAUGGGAUUAUUGAUCCAGUGGACACCAGACUGGUGCUGGGUCUCAGUCUUAGUGCGGCCCUCAACGCACCAAUCCAGAAGACUGACUUUGGCAUCUUCAGGAUGUAACUGGAAUAUAAGGCGUCUUCCAUGGGACAUGUACCAAAAAUUAAUGUACUGGUAGCCUUAAAACUUUAGGCUUUUCCAACAUGUGGCUAUUACACUAAAAUCCUCAACACAGUGCAUUGUACUUUUCUACCUUAAAAAAAAAAUCAGUGAAGAUAUUUAUUUGAUGAACUUCAAUUCCUUGUCCAUCUUCUUAGAGAAAUUUUUCUGUGGCUCCACUUUACCGCCCAUAAAAUGAAGAGAAUAACUUACAGUUAGCCUUUCUAACCCACGUGUAGUAUGAAAAGUUCCAUAACCUAUAAAUCCCAGGUAUGAUUGAGAUUAUUCACAGAAAGUUGUUUUUCCACCGAAAUGAUUGCUUUGCUGAUUAUGCACGAUGCUAUUUUAACACACAUAAUUUUGAAAAGCAUCUAUUAACUUUGCCUUUCAGCCACCACCCUGCUCCUUCCUGUAACAGUCAGACUUGUUGCUGUCUGCACUCGGGGCUCUGUUUCCUCCCCAUUCUCUCUUCAUCCUACUCAUCGGCUUCCACUGCCAACAGCCCUCUCCAAGGUUGGCCUCCAUGUUGCUGAAGCCAGUGGGUUCUUUCUCGAUGUUGCGAGACUGAAUUUCCUGCGGCAUUAAGAGCAGUCAGACACUUGUUCCUAGCAGUGCUAUCCUUAGCUUCCAGACUGUAACUCUAGGUUUUCCACCAACCUCUUUGGCCCCUCUUGUUCCGUCUCCUUUGUCAGGCUCUGUUCCUCUACGCAUUUCUCUCCCACUCCCUUCACCAUUUGUUCUGAUUUCUCAUUAGUAAAACAUGAAUAGAUUCUGAUUCUGAAAGAUACAAAAGUAACAUGGAGGUGUCUCCUCAUUCUUUUUGAAAAACUGUGGUAAAAUAUAUAUAACAUAAAAUGUACCAUUUUAACCAUUUUUAGCUGCACAGUUCUGCGGCAUGAAGUCCAUUCACACGGUCGUGCAACCAUGGCCACCACCCAGCUCCAGAACUUUUCAUCAUUCCAAACUGAAACUCUGUUAUGAAUAGCCGCUUCCCAUUCCCUCUCCCCCAGCCCCUGGCCCUCUCCUCAUUCUUAAGUGUAGGCGUUUCUCAUGGUUUGGUUUCUUCCCGCUGGGUCAUUUCAGGCCUUAUGGCUUCGGUGGCCAUCUGAAUGUGGAUGAUUCCUGCGUCGAGGCUGUUCUUCCUGAGCUCCAGACCCGUGUAUCUAACGGGUCUACUGGACGUCUGCACGGUUGGGAUUAUGGGAACCUCGGACUCAGUCAUCAAGGGCUGUUGACUUUCCCUCCUGCCCUUUGGAUUCCCCAUUAUUUCCGUCUUUCACCCCCACGGGCUUUACGAGUGGUCUCCCUGCAUCCAGUCGUAGCUAGUACUGCUUCCCCAUCACGGUGAGAUGAAGGUGGCCGUUCUAAGUGUGCAUCUGGUCAUGCUGCUCCUUUGCUGCCCCGUCUCACUGGUUCCCUGUCGAAGUGCCAGACCCCUCAUGCUCUCCAGGACUGUGAUCAUCACAUCCCCUCUUCUGCCUCAUCUCCUUGACUCUUCCUCACGCUCGGUGCUCCAGCUGUUACAGAUUUCUUGUUCCUUGAGCCUGUAGAGGCCUUCCCACCUUAGGGUCCACCACCCAAGGUUUCCUCUGCCUGUACCAUCCUACCUUCCCUUAAACACUGACCUUUUUGUCUCUGUGACUUCCCUGGGCUGGGCUAGACACUAGGUGCUCUCGUAAAGCCCCAGCCACUUUCUUCUCUGUCUUAUGUAUUUAUGAGAAACCUAAACAUUUCUUUAAUAUUGCCCUCCUGCUAGAAUGUAAGCUCUCUGAGAGCAAGGGUGUCCUGUUUAGCCUGUAGCCGCAGGCCCUAGCACUUGUAGGUGCUUACGUAUUUGUUGAGUGAAUGAGAAAUCCAUAUUUUAAUUGAUGUCUUCAGACCACAUUACAAUUAAGUGGCUGAUUAUGUGAUCUAAUACAACUAACCAGUGCUUUCCUAAUAAAAUUAAUAUUUCAAACUUUGUAUGUCAUUUUCAACUUAGGCAGCAUUUGGGGCACCUGGGUGGCUCAGUCGUUAAGCGUCUGCCUUCGGCUCAGGUCAUGGUCCCAGGGUCCUGGGAUCGAGCCCCGCAUCGGGCUCCCUGCUCCGUGGGAAGCCUGCUUCUCCCUC